CUUUGUUAAAGGAGUGGUUUAGGAGAAGGACACAUUCCUGCCAAGUACUUACUUUCAGCCCUGUCUGUGCCGACCUGAAAUGUGAGUAAAAGUGAAUGAGCAGGAUUUCUCCUAAAUUGCCAAACCUAAUCUGCAGGUGGAAUGCGCAGAUUUAAUUUAAAGCCUGGAGUCGCCCUGUAAAUCUAACAUGCUGGACUGGAGGUUGUUACAAAGCAUGGGAAGCAUUGAAUUGAAUGUGUUUGUUCUUUGGAACAAUAGGUGGCAGUAUAAACUUGCUUAGGCAUUUUUGCAAGGCAAGGAUGACUGUUGACAUUUCACAAUACUGUGUGUACUAGAAAUAGGGAAAUGAGAGUGUCAACAAGAGGGACAGAGUGAGACCAAAUGGACCAGAAGAUGAGCACUGAGCCUCUGAGUCGUUCUGAGGUGUUUGGACAGCUCAGGAGGGAGCUCUAUGGAGAGCGGCAGUCCAGCCAAUCCAGCACACACAUAUUCAUCAUCCUCGGAGCCUCUGGGGAUCUUGCUAAAAAGAAGAUCUAUCCAACUUUAUGGUGGUUAUUCAGAGAUGGGCUCCUCCCAGAUGACACCUACUUUGUGGGUUUUGCUCGAUCUAACCUGACCAUUGAAGACAUCAAGACAGCAUGUCUGCCUCAUCUGAAAGUCACUGAUGAAGAGACCGAGAGCCUCUCAGCCUUCUUUAGUAAGAACUCAUACCUCAGAGGCCGGUAUGACGACAACAGCUCCUUCGCGCAGCUUGAGGUUCAUCUGUCAUCUCUGCCAGGGGGAGUGGAUGCCAACAGGCUCUUCUACCUGGCUCUGCCCCCCACUGUCUACCACCAUGUCAGCACAAACAUCAGAGCCCACUGCAUGGGUCGCAAAGGCUGGAACAGGGUGAUUGUUGAGAAACCCUUUGGCCGGGACCUCCAGAGCUCACAGGAGCUGUCAGCCCACCUGUCCGCCCUGUUCGUGGAGGACCAAAUCUACCGCAUAGACCACUACCUGGGUAAAGAGAUGGUCCAGAACCUCAUGGUACUCAGGUUUGGAAAUCGCAUCUUUGGACCCAUAUGGAACAGGAACAGCGUUGCAUGUGUGGUCCUCACCUUCAAGGAGCCUUUUGGCACGCAGGGCCGAGGAGGAUACUUUGAUGACUUUGGCAUCAUAAGGGAUGUCAUGCAGAACCAUCUCCUGCAGAUGCUCUGUUUGGUUGCCAUGGAGAAGCCUGCCUCCACCAGCCCAGAUGAUGUGAGGGAUGAAAAGGUGAAGGUGUUGAAGAAUAUAGCUCCUGUUGCUGUGUCGGAUGUGGUGCUCGGUCAGUAUGUGAGGGACCCAAAUGGGGAAGGCCACUCCAAGUUGGGAUACCUUGAUGAUCCCACUGUACCGGAAGGCUCCUGCACACCAACAUUUGCCACCGCAGUGCUCUAUGUCCAGAAUGAAAGAUGGGAUGGGGUUCCUUUCAUCCUCCGCUGUGGUAAAGCUCUGAACGAGCGAAAGGCAGAAGUGCGUUUGCAGUUCACCGACGUGCCAGGAGACAUCUUUAACGAGCGCUGCCAGAGAAACGAGCUGGUGGUGCGGGUGCAGCCAGACGAAGCAAUCUACCUGAAGAUGAUGACCAAGAGGCCGGGGGUUUACUUCAGCCCGGAAGAGACUGAGCUUGACCUCACAUACAAGAGCAGAUACAAGAAUGUGAAGCUCCCAGAUGCUUAUGAGCGACUGAUCCUGGAUGUCUUCUGUGGAAAUCAGAUGCACUUUGUGCGCAGUGAUGAGCUGCGGGAGGCCUGGAGGAUCUUCACCCCACUUCUGCACCAAAUAGAGGAAGAGAAGAAGAAUCCCAUCCCUUACACCUAUGGAAGUCGGGGUCCAAACGAAGCAGACGACCUUGUGAAGAGGGUGGGAUUCCGCUAUGAGGGGACAUACAAGUGGGUGCAUCCCCACAAAAUGUGAUACCUUCUGUCUCACACUCACGUGCACAUGAACACACAAACACACAAACACACAAACACACGCUAUUGUUGGCAAGUUUACAAAAAAUAAAGUUUACUGCAUAGUUUUUUCAGCUGUGUCAUUGAGUGAUUUUGUCUGCAUGUUAAAACACCACUGUUUAAAAAAACAAACAAAUCAAAACCUACAAGUGGAGAUUAAAUGACUCGCUGCUUGAUUUAAGUGUUCACCUGAAGAUUUGAAAUUUAAAAACAAAUCUUUCACUCUUCUCACUCCCUUCCCCCCCUUUUUAACACCACCUGCUAACACCUGAAAACCUGUAUACACAAGAUUGUUUGAAUGUCACAAACAUAAACCUGUUCUCUGUUAUUACCGUCAUCACUAAAAUAUGACAACACUGAAAGAAACAUUUCCACACCAUACGGGCUUGUUGGUCUGGUUUGUAAGAUUAGGUGACUCCCUUAAUAACAGUUGGUGACAAAGGAGAAACGUUUGAAUGUGCCUCAUUUGCUAAGAAUGGCUGCUAGGUAGGUGUUUUAAGCUAUACUGGUUUAUCAGGUAACACUUUACAGUAAGGUACAAAUAUUUUGCAUAGUUAGUGGGAAACAAUUGGGAAACUAACCACUAGGUAAUGGGCAGAUAGUGAGUACUUCCUCAUCACAUCACAUCCCACUAUGCAAAAUAUGUGUACCAUAUCUACCUGUUAACUAAUGGUUACCUAGUUAGCUCCCCAUUCAUUUCCCACUAACUAAUCAUUAGCUACUCUAGAACAUGUGAUGAAGAAGUACUCACUAUCUACCCAUUACUUAGUGGUUACUUAGUGGUAACCUAGUAGUUUGUUCCCCAUUCUUUUCCCACUAACGAUGCAAAACAUGUGUACCAUAUCUACCCAUUACUUAGUGAUUACUUAGUGGUGACCUAAUGGUUUGUUUCCCAAUCGUUUCCCACUAACUAUGCAAAAUGUGUGUACUUUAUUGCAAAGUUUUACCAUUUAUCAACUGUAUAUUUAUGUCGCUAUCAUUUGGAAUGGUUCAUUUCUCUCAAUACAUGAAAAUGUUUACUUUUAGUAAAGAUUUAGUUUAGUCAGAUUUCCUUUAACUGCUGACGUUACCUAUGUCUUUCUUCACCAGGUGCUUUUCUUAAGUUGCGGCCUCCAGUCAACAAAUUCAAACAAUAUUUCUACCCAAUAUCCCAAUCCUGCCAAGAGUGCAAUGUGAUGAGCAGCAAAGAAGAGCGUGUUAAAAUGACUUUUCCCUCGGACUGUUUAGUUUGUUUUAUCAUCUGUUGCGUAAUUAACAUUUACAGUAUGCAGUCUAUUAGUAAGGAAGCAAUGCAUCCACAAAAAAACAAUGGAUAUAUAUUUAAAUUCAGGAUGUAUUUUUUGAACAUUGGUAUUUGCUGAUAUCUGCCCUGAUGACAGACAUCAGCCCAUAAGCAAAUGAUGUGGCAUGAACCCAUCAGUAAGUGAUCCAUACCAGCUGUGAAGCAUAGGCCUUAGUUAGUUUCCCUUACUGCUGAUUCAGUAAAGAGGUUUUUUUUUUUAUUGGACAGAAGAAGUUAUCUGUCAACUCUGAUUUGUUUUCAUGGUUAAAUGUGAAAUACAAUGUCUGCAGUGUGGGAGGAUGACUCUGUCCCUGUGAAAGAGCAGUAUACAGUUUGUAAGACAUGUUACAGUGAAAUGUUGAAAGAGGUGACCAUUAAAGUCAAUUUGAAUACAUAACAUUCCUUAGCUGAAUUAAAAAAAGGCAAACAAUUACAAAGAAGUGAUGAAAUGAACAUCGGUUUCAGAGUCAGCCGUUGGCAACAUUGUUAUUUUCAACGUCUGCCCUAAUUUUUUACAAUUGGUGCAUCUUUAUCUAAAAUGCAAAAUCACCAAAUCAAAUUGAGUUUGGAUAUGCCACUGGAAAAAAAAGUUGCAACAAUAAAGCAUACAUCGCCA